AUGAUAUUCGAUUUGAAGCAAGAAUCCCAAAAGUCGUAUUUCUACUAUGCAUUAGACUCUGAGACUAUAUUUUAUGAAGGAAAUACAUUAAACGCUACUUUGAAUUUCAAAAGUGACAUUGAAGUAAUAAGUAUGGCUGAAGAGCUAGACAUUAAUAAAUCGAUCUUUGCAGUUUAGAAUAUGACGCUGACUCUGAAACUUUAUCAAGAUGGCAUCUUAAGAGUGAUUAUUAACGAGAAAGAGAUAAAUAAGGAUAGGUUUAGAAUCUCAGAGCAUGAUAUGGAUGCAUCUAUCGUUGAGGAAUAGCUAAAUUGCAAUAAACAUAAAAUAUCAGAUGUGAUUUAAUAGGAUGGAAACAAAAUAAUCCUAAAGACUAUAAGCGAAGAUUAGUUGGAUAGUUAUGAGUAUAGAAUCAUAUUUAGUCCGUUCAGAAUAGAAUAAAUAGUAAAUGGCUAUACUACAAUCAUUGUCAAUGACAAGGAUACACUGUACUUUGAAAAUUAUUUCAAAUUCACUCAGAGUUUUAUGACCUACAAAUCAAUCAAAGAUGAAAUAGAUUUGAACAAGCUUGAGCAAGAUCCAAUAUUCAAGAUGAUGUAAGAUAUGCCCUUUAAUAGAAGAUCCAAGGUAUUUGGAAAUGUUCAAGAAAAUUCAUGGCUAACAACAUUUUACUAUAACAUAGUUAGAAAAGAUAUAAUAAGGCAAAGCAUGGCAUUAUCAUUCAGAAUUAACUCAGAGUAUUUAUUUGGGUUACCUGAAAGAUCUGAGAAGUUGCUAUUAGGGCUUACAGAGGAAAGUGACCCUUAUAGAUUGUACAAUAUUGAUAUAUUUCCUCAUUAGGAAUGGAAUAAUACAGGUUUAUACAGUAGCAUCCCUUAUCUUUAAGCUCAUCACUAAGAUUUUGAUGCUGCCAUUCUUUGGUACAAUUCUGCUGAAACAUGGGUUGAUAUUAGAUCACAUGAUCAAGGUAGAUUAACUAAUUUUGUCUCAGAGUCAGGUUAAAUUGAGUUCUUUUUAAUAGGAAGUGCAGCAAGAGAUUCACCAAAAAGACUCUCAAAAUUGGUGGCAACUAUAUCUGGAUUUCAAUUCUUACCCCCACUUUAUACCCUAGGCUUUCACUACUCAAAAUGGGAAUAAGAGUCAUCAGCGAAGAGAAUUAGCUAUAUAAAUGAUCAAUUCGAAGAAGCUGAAAUACCUUUAGAUGUGUUAUGGAUGGAUCUUCCUCAUACUGAUGAUGUUAGAUAUUUCCUAUUCAACUAGAGAUCAUUUACUGAUGAUGAUGUUAUCAGAAUGAGUAAACUUAUUCAUCAAAGUGAGAGGAGACUAGUUUUGAUCACUGAUCCUCACAUUAAAAAAGAUUAAAACUACUUUGUAUAUAUUAAGGGUAAUCAACUUGAACUUAGAGAGCAUUAAGGAGAGCAUAUUAAUAUCUUUAUCAAGAAUGAUCUAAAUUAAACAAUAGUAGGCAACUGCUGGCCUGGGUAAAGCUUAUGGAUAUGGAUAGAUAUGAAUGAGCCAUCUGUUUUUAACACACCUGAAGGUACAAUGUCGAAGUUUGCAAUUCAUUACAACAGCGAGGGAAAGAAGCUGUCACAUAGAGAUUUGCAUAAUGCUUACGGGUUGAUGAUGUCUAGAGCGACUUACUAUGGAAUGCUUAAUAGGGAUGAGGAUAAAAUAAGGCCAUUUAUUUUGACAAGAUCAGUCUUCUUUGGGGCUUAAAGGUUUUCAGCUAAAUGGACUGGUGAUAAUUUAUCAACCUUCAAGGAGUUAUCAGUUUCAAUUAAUUAGAUGAUGACAUUGGGUCUAACCGGAAUAUCCUUUGUUGGUGCAGACAUUCCUGGAUUUCACGGGAGGCCUUCAGAUGAACUAUUUUGUUUAUUCUAUCAACUUGGCUCAUUUUAUCCUUUUAUGAGAGCUCAUGGUCACUUAGAUAUGAAAGGAAGAGAGCCUUAUCUAUAGGAUGAAGAAACUUAGAAAGUCAUUAAAGAUUCUAUAUUAAUCAGAUAUGACUUCAUUCAUUACUACUAUACUCUGUUUUACUAAGCAAGCACCGAGGGAGUACCUUUGAUGAGACCUCUCUGGUAUGAAUAUCCCAAAAAUUUAAGAGCAUUCAAGAUCACUGAAUAAUUCAUGCUUGGUAGUUCUAUUUUAUACGUGCCAAAAUUAUAAAAAGGCCAGAAAGAACAAAAACAAUUCUUUGGACAAGUUGUUGAAGUCGUAUACAUAGUAAAUUGCUACUUACCAAUUGAGGAUCUAUGGUAUAAUUAUAUAAACAAGCAGAUUCAAAAAGAUGAUAAUGAUAUUUAAAUACUUGUGCUAUAACUUCAUGAGCAGGCAAUUUUCAUAAGAGGGGGUAGUAUUAUUCCAAUUAAAAUGCAUCAGAAUAAAUUAUCCUUGCUAAGAUUGAUAAGAUUGCCAAUCAAGCUUGAAAUAUACCUAGACAGAAAUCAAUAAGCAGAGGGGCUUUUAUAUCUAGAUGACGGAGAUAGUUUUAGAUACUAAACUCAUAAUGAAAGUAGCUAUAUCAAAUAUGCGUAUCAAAAUAAAACUUUGACUUAUGAAAUUAUUUAGACUGAUUCAUACUAUCCUUAGGCUAUUGAAUUGAAGAUUGCUUAAAUUUCAGUUUUUGGGCUUAAGUUUAAGCCAUCUAGUUAUGAUAUUUUGACCGAUUAACUUAAGAUUAAUGAUGAUAAUAGCAAUUUAGACUAUUUACAUAUCCAUGAUGAUCAUGAACAUGAAGAUGAAACUCUUCAUAAUGAAUAGAGGUCUUUUUAAGAGAGGAAAGACUUCAAGGUGAAAGGUUUUAAUAGCGAAGAGUACUUUUUGAUGAUUAUUAAGAAUCUUGAUUUUACAGUAGAUGACGGAAGUAGAUUAAUAAAAACUAGAAAUUUGAUUAAAAUCCAAUGA